GCGCUCGGACCGCCCGGUACAGUACAGUGCAGUGCAGUGCAGUGUAGUGCUUAGGCUUGACUUUCACCUUACACCUUGUUGCGUCUUAUUUACCACUCUUCCUCCCCGUCAAACCGUUGUCUCUGGAUCAAGCCAGUUUGCCCCGUGGAAGAGGUUUUUCUUUGAUCCCAUCGUUGGCCCAUCAGUCUCUUCGUCUCCCUCAUCUCUGCCCUGGGCUUCCCCUGCACAUGACAGCACUGUUUCUGUGGCUAGCAGUAGACGAGCGAGCAUCCGGAUAGCCUACCCUACCCUACCCUGCAACAAAGGCCCCCAGGUACCUCUCAUUCACUCACUCGCUCACCCACUCUCGCUCUACGGAACAUUGGGAGGGGUCCCCACUAAAAGUGCUGCAACACGCGCGCACCGUGUCUGAGACCACCAUCCACCCAUCGUCACCACCCUGCAUCUGUCUCGCUGACGGCUCUCUUUCACUUUGUUCUCUUUCUUUUCAAGUUUCCCCCCCGCGCCUUUUUGUUCAUCUUCUGCUUCUCCUGCUUCUGCUCCUCCUCCGUUCCUGGUCCUCAAGCAGUGGACGCAGUGGACAGUACCUAGCAAGCAGCUCUCCCCACAAAUACGACACACCCUGUCAGUCGGUAAGCUACUUACACGGCAUACCUACAUCUAUACGAAAGUAGCACCCGUUAACGAUUCACUUGGUGCGUAUGUCAAGACAUGACGUCUGCUGCAUGCGUUUGUUGUCCAUCUGACGCGCUGCUGACCCUUCUAUAGCUACAAUCGCAGACGUCCCAGACCGUGACUGCACUUACCUGCGCAACCAUCGUGCGCUUCGGCGACCUCAGCACUCCCGCCCACACCUGAGCCAUUGCCAGCAGUCAUGGCUGCCCCUCUAUCCCCGCAAGCCUCGAGCAUGUAUGCUGCCAUCAUUGACGGCAUUCUUGCCAACAGCGACCUCAAUACAAUCUCCGCCAAGCGCAUACGGAAAGGUCUCCAGGAACGCCUCGAUCAUGACAUCUCGGAGCACAAGAAUGCCAUCACCGACCUGAUCAUGGCUCGGUUCGACAGGUUCAAUGCUGCUCAGAAUGGCAUGGCAGACUCCGGACCUCCGCUUCCCAGCGUCGAAGCGGCCCCGCCCAAGACCAAUGGCAACUAUGCCUCUCCCUCCCGAAAGCGCGGUACUACCGAAGACGAUGACGAGAAUACCCCUCCCGCGAAGAAACAUAGGAAGGUCAAGAGCGCAGAGGAUGAGGAUGCUGCCUAUGCCGCCAAACUGCAGGCUGAGGAGAAUCUGAGGAGCAGGGCGCGGUCGACGAGGGGUGGCAAUACCAAGAAGAAAGCAGCGCCGCAGAAGAAGACCAAGACGAAGAAGAAGAGCUCGAAUCGCGUCAAGGACGAAGAUGACAGUGACUUGGGAAGCGGAAGUGGUGCGGAGAAGAAGAGCCCUAGCAGGAAGGGAGGCUUCCAUAAACCAAUGGCACUUUCCGAGCCCCUCUCUGAGUUACUAGGAGAAACACAGCUCUCCCGCCCACAAACCGUCAAGAAGAUCUGGGAAUACGUCAAAGCCCGCGACCUCCAAGACCCCAACGACAAGCGCCAGAUCCGCUGUGACGAUGCCAUGCGUGCCGUGUUCAAGACUGAUCGCGUCCACAUGUUUACCAUGAACAAGAUCCUAAACCAGAACCUCUACGCCGUAGACGAGAUUGUCGACCAGAGCUAG